AGCCUCUGCACUCAGCAUCACUGCUGCAGUGUCUCAACGCCUCACUCUCUGACCUUUCACGGGGACCAUGCAGGCAUUUGUUCCCAGGUCCUAUCUGACCCCGGUCAGGGAUGAAGAAGCAGAGUCUCAGAGGAAAGCAAAGUCUCGUCAUGCCAGACAGACCCGCAGGUCGACACAGGGUGUGACUCUGACAGACCUGAAAGAGGCUCAGAAGACCAUCAGUCUGUCUCUUCAGGACAGACAGACAGAGGAUGGAGACACUCCGGAUGAAAGGUCCUGUCUGAGUAAAAGCUCGACGGAUGACAGGAGAGUUAGAAUUGGCCUGACAGAGUCGGAGGAAUCAUCAGAGAUCAGUCCAAAGUGGAGCAAAAUGGACGAGCAGGGAAACAUUGAACACAAGUUAGAAACCCUCACUGAGUGUCCGGUACAAAAUCUUUCAUUUUCUUCAACUGCUGGAUCCUGUGGCCUUCUUUUCUGCAACAACACCUCACAAGUCGGGGAAAGAUGGCGGAGAGAUGAAAAUGAGAACCCUGUUGAAGAUACAGCUUGUUCCACCUUUACUACAAAGCAGCAACAGAGGCGACGCUGCUGUGAUGUCGAAGGUUCACACUUUAAUACUUCACAGUUCAUUUGA